AUGAAUAAAGUUUAUCUUGACAUUACCAUUGGCGAAGAGAAAAUCGGGAGGAUCAUAUGUCAGUUAUUCACUGACGAGGCACCCAAGUCAUGCGAAAACUUCUUACAUUUGUGCAAGGGAGACAUCUCAGUUGGUGAUAAAGUACUCACAUUGAAGGGAAAUCAUUUCCACAGAGUCAUAAAGAACUUUAUGAUUCAAGCUGGAGACUUGAUUUAUGGGUCUACCGAACCUAUCAACAGGGAAGAAAUUGGUAAAGGUGGAUGUUCUAUAUAUACAACUGAAGAAGAACUCAAAAAUAGCGACCAACAACAGAUACAGUGCUUCGGUAACUUUGGGGAUGAAAAUCUUGGUGAAUUUAACGAAAGCUUUAUAUUGGCCAUGGCUAAUACUGGCUCGAAAGACUCGAACAGUUCACAAUUCUUUAUCACAACAUACCCUUCUCCUCACCUCAAUGGAAAGCAUUCGAAAUUUGGAAAAAUACUACACGGUAAAUCCGUAGUCCGCACCAUUGAGCGCUCGAAAGUCGAUGAAAAUGGUGUUCCAAUUCUUCCAGUAGUAAUUUCUGGCUGUGGUGAAUGGAAUGACAAGAUGCCAGUGCCUGUGUACAACUGUUGCAAUGAUACAAUUGGGAACGAUUUCUACGAAGAAAAUCCUGAAGAUGAUUCCCAUUUUGAUGGUGAAGAUUUUGCUAAAGCAUUCGAAGCAUCAAAUACCAUCAAAGAAUCUGGAACCUUGUUAUUCAAGAAACGAGAUUUUCAGAACGCUCUAUUUAAAUACAAAAAGGCCCUUAACUACGUCAAUGAAUUCAUACCUGAACCAGAUGUUAACAAAGAGUAUCAUGAUAAGUUUUUAUCUCAGAAAAGAAAAUUAUAUCUCAAUAUUAGUUUAAUGUUGUUCUACUUGAAACAAUAUGAAGAAUCAAUAAAAUACACAAGUUAUCUUUUGGAGACGGAUGGUACAACAACUAAAGAGAAGGCAAAAUCUUACCUAAGACGGGGCAAUUGUUUCUAUGCUUUAAAUAGGUUAGAAACUGCGCUUGAUGACUACAAGAAAUCAAAAGAGUUGAAUCCAGAAGACACUAUACUUGAUGAAAAGAUAGAUAUCACAAGUGGAAAAAUUGAAGCAGAAAAGGAAAGAACCAAGAAAAACAUCAGCAAGUUCUUCCAGUAG